CUGCUGAAGUGCUGAGUGCGGCAAUAACCCCCCAGUCUGGGGGUCAGACUGAGAGCUGCGUGUCCUUUCGCCGCCCCUCGAGGACGGAAUUCCACACCACUUCAUUAAGUAGCAUUUUUAUGCGGAGAAGCAGAUACCCAUAAGCUAAUUUGGAUUUAAUGUGUUUUUACUUUUUAGGCAUCUCAGCUUCCCAGACGAGAUGGUACUUUUAGCUUGCUCUUUCCGUUCUCAUAUCCCACUCAAGGUUGGUUGGUUUUGGAAGAUAAAGCAAUCUCAUCCUACACCUGAGAUGGAACAUAAAUCCAUGGUUGCUCUCAGAGGUAUGAAUACUGGACUUUUUGGUCAACAGGUUCCAAGAAUUGGGAGCAUGCUAUACAGUGAGUGGAAUUUCAUAAGGGGAUCAAGACAUUUCCUCAGUCCAAAAAUUGCAACUUUUGUACCUCACAGAAAAGGCCGUGGAGUAUAUGCUUCAUGGUUUGUGAGUUCUCAAAUCGCUAGGAGUGUUUUCACCUUGGGAACAGUUGCUGUUCUGCCAUUUUAUACACUUAUGGUUCUGGCUCCCAAAGCUAAGUUGACCAAGAGGUCAAUUGAGAGUACUGUGCCAUAUGUCAUCCUUGGACUUCUGUAUGCAUAUCUCUUAUACCUCUCUUGGACACCUGACACCAUACGGUUGAUGUUUGCAAAUAAAUACUGGCUACCGGAGCUGUCCAGCAUAGCAAAGAUGUUCACAAGUGAGAUGACUUUAGCUUCUGCAUGGAUACACUUGUUGGCUGUAGAUCUCUUUGCUGCAAGGCAAGUGUAUCUAGAUGGAUUGGACAAUGAGAUUGAGACCCGGCACUCAGUUUCUCUGUGCCUAUUAUUUUGUCCCAUUGGAAUUGUUACUCAUGUUAUCACAAAGAUACUAGCCAAAGGAGCUCAGAAUACUCAGAAAACCACGUGACUGGAAUAGAGUUAAUGCAAAAUGAAUGGAUCUUGAAGGACAGAAUUUUAUGUCUGAAAAUUCCAAUCAAAUUCUUAUAGUGUUUUGUUUCAUUUUUCAUUCCACACUUUACGGAAUGGACCAACAUAUUGCAUUUCUUCUAUGAGGAGAUCACAGUUUACAUUUAA